AUGAGUAUCCGCGUCAUGACUGAUGACAGUGGCAAAUCCAGAGGCUUUGGCUUCGUGAGCUUCGAGAGGCACGAGGACGCCCAAAAGGUGAGCAGAAUGUUAAUGUACUUUGAAAUGGUUGCUUGGUUGGUUGUGUUCCAUACAGAGGGUCUCAAUCAAGGAUAGGAAGGCCAACGGAGGGUCUCAAUCAAGGAUAGGAAGGCCAAUGGCCAUAUUCUAAAAGAGGACGUGUGUUCCAGGCUGUUGAUGAGCUGAAUGGGAAGGAGCUGAAUGGACAGCUGGUCUACGUUGGCCGCGCCCAGAAGAAGGUGGAGCGCCAGACAGAGCUGAAACGCAAGUUUGAGCAGAUGAAACAGGACCGUGUGACACGUUACCAGGUCAGACAGUUAAUCUGCACUUUGUGAUGUUGUGCAGUUUUUGUUGCAGCCUUGUCGUCAAAUUCCGUGUUUUCUCUACAAUGGACUGUACUGGCCAAAAUGGCUGCCAUAGUGAGUUGUUAAUGAGCCCCACAUCCCUCUGGCAUGGCUGGAUAAAUGUGUACUACAGACAGUUACCAGUUCACCAAAGGUUCAGAUGAUGUCUGUCCAAUGCAAGGUUGGAUUCAAAAGGAAUGUUGGAGUAUUGUUUUGUAAAAGUGUGUUCCACAUGUCUCCUCCAGGGUGUCAAUCUGUACGUGAAGAAUCUUGACGAUGGAAUUGAUGACGAGCGCCUGCGUAAAGAGUUCUCCCCAUUCGGCACCAUCACCAGUGCCAAGGUAGGGACCAACCUCCUGGCUGUUGACACAUGUUAAAGAGAACUGCUUUGUUCUGUUCAGCUGUGUACUAAGCAAACCGUUUCCUCUCCCCGCUCUUCCAUUAGGUGAUGAUGGAGGGUGGCCGCAGCAAGGGCUUCGGCUUCGUGUGCUUCUCCUCCCCCGAGGAGGCCACCAAGGCUGUGACGGAGAUGAACGGGCGCAUCGUGGCCACCAAGCCGCUGUACGUGGCUCUGGCUCAGAGGAAAGAGGAGCGCCAGGCUCACCUCACCAACCAGUACAUGCAGAGGAUGGCCACCGUCCGGCCCGUACCCAACCCAGUCCUCAACCCCUACCAGCCUGCCCCUCCCUCUGGGUACUUCAUGGCUGCCAUCCCCCAGGUCACCACUCGGUCUAUCAAUCAAUCACAUUCAUGUCAAACAAUCACAUUUAUGUCAAUGGAUCUAGCCCUUGACAGUGAAAGGGUGUCAGACUGGAUGCUGUUGGAUGUAGAUACUAUCUGCUCUGUGUUCUCCAUCCCUAUAGGCUCAUAACAGAGCUGCUUACUACCCUGCCAACCAGAUGGCCCAGCUGAGACCCAGCCCUCGCUGGGCCACCCAUGGCGUGAGACCUCAACGUGAGUAGUACUCCCUCAUAACCUCUACUACUUUACAACAUGACCUCUGACCUCUACAAUUAUAGAGUUUAGUGUUAAAAGUCUUCCUAAAUGACCCUCCCUGGUCCUGUUGGGACUUCAGACUUCCAGAACAUGCCAGGCUCCAUGCGUCCCUCUGCCCCCAGACAGCCCAGCCCUAUGAGACCCACCAACCAGGGGCCUCGCAUGAUGUCCACGCGUUGCAUGGGUGAGUAACCAUGAGAUACUCAUUUGUGCCCCAGACUUUGUAAUAUGUUGUAGCGUGCUUUUGCAUUAUGAACAUGCUAAUGGAGGAUUUAUAUUGGAUUUAGGUGCUUUAUGAAGUUACAUUGGAAAUGCAUUAUAACCCCAAUUCCAUAACGUCAAAUGGAUCUCUUCUUGCCCCUCUGCAGCCCCCCAGACCAUGGGGCCCCGUGCCCCCUCUUCGGCCCCAGUGAGUGGCGCCCCUUUGCGUGGCGUGCCUCAGUAUAAGUACGCCGCAGGAGUCCGCAACCCUCAGCACCACAUGAACACACAGCCCCAACUCACUAUGCAGCAGGUAGGCCCCCUCUCUCCUAUCAAAUGGCAACUGAAAGCAGGAUUUAAAAAUAAUAGAUAAUGUUCCAUUUAGCAGACACUUUUAUCCAAAGUGACUUAGUCAUACGUGCAUACAUUUUGCGUAUGGGUGGUCCCGGGAAUCGAACCCACUACAGGCGCCAUGCUCUACCAACUCAGAGGACCACACAGAGUUACAGAGGACCACAAAAAAACAUCUACUGUGUCAAUAUUACCCUGGUGUAUUCCCUCUAACCUUGUUUCCAUGUGUGCAGCCGGCUGGUGUAUUCCCUCUAACCUUGUCUCCGUGUGUGCAGCCGGCUGGUGUAUUCCCUCUAACCUUGUCUCCGUGUGUGCAGCCGGCUGGUGUAUUCCCUCUAACCUUGUCUCCGUGUGUGCAGCCGGCUGGUGUAUUCCCUCUAACCUUGUCUCCGUGUGUGCAGCCGGCUGGUGUAUUCCCUCUAACCUUGUCUCCGUGUGUGCAGCCGGCUGGUGUAUUCCCUCUAACCUUGUCUCCGUGUGUGCAGCCGGCGGUCCACGUCCAGGGGCAGGAGCCUCUGACUGCCUCCAUGCUGGCCGCUGCUCCUCCCCAGGAACAGAAGCAGAUGUUGGGUGAGUCUAAACCCGACCUAAGACGAGACAAAACUAGCUUUUAGCUGACUGAAGACCAGGCAUUCAGAUCAAUAAGACCGUUUCCACGGUAGUGGUGCCUCUUUACAAUGACGUGAUGAAAAAUUGAAACAAAGUUUGUCACUUGAUGUAGCAAGGUGUUGUAGCAAACGAGUUUCAUGAAAUACAUGCUCCAGAAACAGGGUACACUUUGUGACUUUCCAGAGAAAUAUCAGCAAGCUAGGCUAGUUAUUACUGCAGCAAAACAGCUAGCUAGCUGUCUGCUUGGCUGGCUAGCUGUCUGCUUGGCUGGCUAGCUGUCUGCUUGGCUAGCUAGCUGUCUGCUUGGCUGGCUAGCUGUCUGCUUGGCUAGCUAGCUGUCUGCUUGGCUAGCUAGCUGUCUGCUUGGCUGGCUAGCUGUCUGCUUGGCUGGCUAGCUGUCUGCUUGGCUAGCUAGCUGUCUGCUUGGCUAGCUGUCUGCUUGGCUAGCUAGCUGUCUGCUUGGCUGGCUAGCUGUCUGCUUGGCUAGCUAGCUGUCUGCUUGGCUGGCUAGCUGUCUGCUUGGCUAGCUAGCUGUCUGCUUGGCUAGCUAGCUGUCUGCUUGGCUAGCUAGCUGUCUGCUUGGCUAGCUAGCUGUCUGCUUGGCUGGCUAGCUGUCUGCUUGGCUAGCUAGCUGUCUGCUUGGCUAGCUAGCUGUCUGCUUGGCUAGCUAGCUGUCUGCUUGGCUAGCUAGCUGUCUGCUUGGCUAGCUGUCUGAUUGGCUAGCUAGCUGUCUGCUUGGCUAGCUAGCUGUCUGCUCGGCUGGCUAGCUGUCUGCUCGGCUAGCUAGCUGUCUGCUUGGCUGGCUAGCUGUCUGCUUGGCUGGCUAGCUGUCUGCUUGGCUAGCUGUCUGCUUGGCUAGCUAGCUGUCUGCUUGGCUAGCUAGCUGUCUGCUUGGCUGGCUAGCUGUCUGCUUGGCUGGCUAGCUGUCUGCUCGGCUGGCUAGCUGUCUGCUCGGCUAGCUAGCUGUCUGCUCGGCUAGCUAGCUGUCUGCUCGGCUAGCUAGCUGUCUGCUCGGCUGGCUAGCUGUCUGCUCGGCUGGCUAGCUGUCUGCUCGGCUGGCUAGCUGUCUGCUCGGCUGGCUAGCUGUCUGCUCGGCUAGCUAGCUGUCUGCUCGGCUAGCUAGCUGUCUGCUUGGCUAGCUAGCUGUCUGCUUGGCUAAACACAGAACGUCAGCGCACUGUUCUCUGAUUGGCUAAAGGGAUCCGUCUCGUUGCAAGUCUUUCGCUAAGAUUUGACAUGCAGCCGACAUUUUAAAACUAGACCGUUCAGAUCAAGCAAACUGUGUUAUAAAACUGCACAAAACCGUCUUGUCUGUUAGAUGUUAACAGCCAUUCAACCCACCACAAUACACUGUCAAUCUCCGUCCUGUUUCUGAGCUAGGACACUAAAACCCUGUUUGUCCCCAGGUGAGCGCCUGUUCCCGUGCAUCCAGAACAUGCAUCCCAGCCUGGCUGGGAAGAUCACCGGCAUGCUGCUGGAGAUCGACAACUCUGAGCUGCUUCACAUGCUGGAGUCUCCGGAGUCUCUCCGCUCGAAGGUCAGUUCUGCUCCCUGACCAGAAUGUGUCACCAACCUGUGAAAAAGACCCGGAGAAAUUCCAUGAAGCCCGGCGAGCCCAAGUAGUCAUAGCAUUUGAGGAAACUGCUUGCUUUUCAUAAAAACAAAACAAGUGUAGCCCUGACGGCAUUUCAAUUUUGUUGUUCAGGCAAAUAAAUGUCUAGAUUUUAAAUGAGUCGUACUGCAAAUGGUGUAGUGUACAGGUUAGUUUGUAGCUGUGGUAAUACGUGAUGCAUGCUGUUAUUAACCUGGUUGAUGGUGUUGCUGGUAGGUGGAUGAGGCUGUUGCUGUGCUGCAGGCCCACCAGGCCAAGGAAUUAGUCCAGAAGACUGUCAACAACUCUGCUGGUGGUCCAAGUGUCUAAGCCAAGGUAGGCCAGUCUCAGGUCUAUCUGCUGGUGGUCCAAGUGUCUAAGCCAAGGUAGGCCAGUCUCAGGUCUAGCAUUAGACUCAGCAUAAUACAUCAGUCAUCUUAUGUUCAAACACUUGUUAUAUACCUACGAUCAUGACUGAAUGCUUUUUCUGUCUUCACAGGGAUUGGGAACCUUGGAACUUGCUUCACCGAUAAUAAUAAUUCUGAUUAAACGUUAUCAAAAAGUUAAAACACCAAAACAAUGCAAAAAGGAAGAAAACAACAUGUUAUAAAAAGGAAAGUCCUCUUAUCAGCCGGGCCUAGAGAAGAGCAAACUAGGCUUUGUAAAAAGGUUCAAAAUAAACAUGUUAAGUGUUUAAAGGUCAUUCCAUAUGAUGGAAUUAAGGCUUCCUGAAAGCAUUCCCGUCUGGUGUUUUAUUUUACAUGUAUCAAUUUACAUUUACAUUUUACAUUUUAGUCCAUUAGCAGACGCUCUUAUCCAGAGCAACUUACAGUUAGUGAGUGCAUCCAUUUUCAUACUGGCCCCCCGUGGGGGAUUUACGCGGCCAGGAUGUUGAAAACCCAGCGUUGUGAAAUGUACCUUGACCUUUGCUUGCUUGAAUUAAACUCCUAAAAAUAUUGUUGGAUGUUGUCAUCUUUGUCGUAUUGGUGGAAGUUGUCAUCAACAGGGGUGGAAGACAUGAUGCCAGCUGAUACCCAAUGUGUAGUCCCCAAUAAGCACAGUAGGGGGCACCAAGUAGAAGUGAUUUAAUAGUGAAGUCCUGCUGGGGAGCUGGAAGGAUAGCUGCACUUUGGACUACUACAUAGUGAAGUCCUGCUGGGGAGCUGGAAGGAUGGGGGAAGGAUCCUGGCACUUUGGACUACUACAUAGUGAAGUCCUGCUGGGGAGCUGGAAGGAUAGCUGCACUUUGGACUACUACAUAGUGAAGUCCUGCUGGCAGCUGGAAGGAUAGCUGCACUUGAUUACUACAUAGUGAAGCCCUGCCGGGAGCUGGAAGGAUAGCUGCACUUUGGACUACUACAUAGUGAAGUCCUGCUGGGCAGCUGGAAGGAUAGCUGCACUUUGGAUGACUACAUAGUGAAGUCCUGCCGGGCAGCUGGAAGGAUAGCUGCACUUUGGAUUGCUACAUAGUGAAGUCCUGCCGGGCAGCUGGAAGAUAGCUGCACUUUUGGACUACUACAUAGUGAAGUCCUGCUGGGGAGCUGGAAGGAUAGCUGCACUUUGGACUACUACAUAGUGAAGUCCUGCCGGGGAGCUGGAAGGAUAGCUGCACUUUGGACUACUACAUAGUGAAGUCCUGCCGGGGAGCUGGAAGGAUAGCUGCACUUUGGACACUACAUAGUGAAGUCUGACUGGGGAGCUGGAAGGAUAGCUGCACUUUGGACUACUACAUAGUGAAGUCCUGCCGGGGGAGCUGGAAGGAUAGCUGCACUUUGACUACACAUAGUGAAGUCCUGCUGGGGAGCUGGAAGGAUAGCUGCACUUUGGACUACUACAUAGUGAAGUACCUGCCGGGGAGCUGGAAGGAUAGCUGCACUUUGGACUACUACAUAGUGAAGUCCUGCCGGGGAGCUGAAGGAUAGCUGCACUUUGGACUACUACCAUAGUGAAGUCCUGCUGGGGAGCUGGAAGGAUAGCUGCACUUUGGACUACUACAUAGUGAAGUCCUGCCGGGGAGCUGGAAGGAUAGCUGCACUUUGGACUACUACAUAGUGAAGUCCUGCCGGGGAGCUGGAAGGAUAGCUGCACUUUGGACUACUACAUAGUGAAGUCCUGCUGGGGAGCUGGAAGGAUAGCUGCACUUGGGACUACUACAUAGUGAAGUCCUGCUGGGCAGCUGGAAGGAUGGCUGCACUUUGGACUAUACAAUAGUGAAGGUCCUGCUGGGCAGCUUGGAAGGAUGGCUGCACUUUGGGGACUACUACAUAGUGAAGUCCUGCCGGGCAGCUGGAAGGAUAGCUGCACUUUGGACUACUACCAUAGUGAAGUCCUGCCGGGCAGCUGGAAGGAUAGCUGCACUUUGGACUACUACAUAGUGAAGUCCCUGCCGUGGAGCUGGAAGGAUAGCUGCACUUUGGACUACUACAUAGUGAAGUCUGCUGGGGAGCUGGAAGGAUAGCUGACACUUUUGGACUAUACUACAGUGAAGUCGCUGGGGACUGAAGGAUAGCUGCACUUUGGACUACUACAUAGUGAAGUCCUGCUGGGGAGCUGGAAGGAUAGCUGCACUUUGGACUACUACAUAGUGAAGUCCUGCUGGGGAGCUGGAAGGAUAGCUGCACUUUGGACUACUACAUAGUGAAGUCCUGCUGGGGAGCUGGAAGGAGAUAGCUGCACUUUGGACUACUACAUAGUGAAGUCCUGCUUGGGGAGCUGGAAGGAUAGCUGCACUUUUGGACUACUACAUAGUGAAGUCCUGCCGGGGAGCUGGAAGGAUAGCUGCACUUUGGACUACUACAUAGUGGAAGUUCCGCCGGGCAGCUGGAAGGAUAGCUGCACUUUGGACUACUACAUAGUGAAGUCCUGCCGGGCAGCUGGAAGGAUAGCUGCACUUGGACUACUACAUAGUGAAGUCCUGCCCGGGCAGCUGGAAGGAUAGCUGCACUUUGGACUACUACAUAGUGAAGUUCUGCCGGGGAGCUGGAAGGAUAGCUGCACUUUGGACUACUACAUAGUGAAGUCCUGCUGGGGAGCUGGAAGGAUAGCUGCACUUUGGACUACUACAUAGUGAAGUCCUGCUGGUGGAGCUGGAAAGGAUAGCUGCACUUUGGACUACUACAUAGUGAAGUCCUGCUGGGGAGCUGGAAGGAUAGCUGCACUUUGGACUACUACAUAGUGAAGUCCUGCCGGGCAGCUGGAAGGAUAGCUGCACUUUGGACUACUACAUAGUGAAGUCCUGCCGGGCAGCUGGAAGGAUAGCUGCACUUUGGACUACUACAUAGUGAAGUCCUGCCGGGCAGCUGGAAGAUAGCUGCACUUUGGACUACUACAUAGUGAAGUUCUGCCGGGAGCUGGAAGGAUAGCUGCACUUUGGACUACUACAUAGUGAAGUCCUGCUGGGGAGCUGGAAGGAUAGCUGCACUUUGGACUACUACAUAGUGAAGUCCUGCUGGGGAGCUGGAAGGAUAGCUGCACUUUGGACUACUACAUAGUGAAGUCCUGCUGGGGAGCUGGAAGGAUAGCUGCACUUUGGACUACUAACAUAGUGAAGUCCUGCCGGGCAGCUGGAAGGAUAGCUGCACUUUGGACUACUACAUAGUUGAAGUCCUGCCGGGGAGCUGGAAGGAUAGCUGCAACUUUGGACUACUACAUAGUGAAGUCCUGCUGGGGAGCUGGAAGGAUGCUGCACUUUGGACUACUACAUAGUGAAGUCCUGCUGGGGAGCUGGAAGGAUAGCUGCACUUUGGACCUACAUAAUGAAGUCCUGCUAGGGAGCUGGAAGGAUAGCUGCACUUUUGGACUACUACAUAGUGAAGUCCUGCCGGGGAGCUGGAAGGAUAGCUGCACUUGGGACUACUACAUAGUGAAGUCCUGCUGGGCAGCUGGAAGGAUAGCUGCACUUGGGACUACUACAUAGUGAAGUCCUGCUGGGCAGCUGGAAGGAUAGCUGCACUUUGGACUACUACAUAGUGAAGUCCUGCUGGGCAGCUGGAAGGAUGGCUGCACUUUGGACUACUACAUAGUGAAGUCCUGCCGGGCAGCUGGAAGGAUAGCUGCACUUUGGACUACUACAUAGUGAAGUCCUGCCGGGCAGCUGGAAGGAUAGCUUGCACUUUGGACUACUACAUAGUGAAGUCCUGCCGGGGAAGCUGGAAGGAUAGCUGCACUUUGGACUACUACAUAGUGAAGUCCUGCCGGGGGAGCUGGAAGGAUAGCUGCACUUUUGGACUACUACAUAGUGAAGUCCUGCCGGGGAGCUGGAAGGAUAGCUGCAACUUUGGACUACUACUUAGUGAAGUCCUGCCGGGGCAGCUUGGAAGGAUAGCUGCCACUUUGGACUACUAACAUUAGUGAAGUCCUGCUGGGGAGCUGGAAGGAUAGCUGCACUUUGGACUACUACAUAGUGAAGUCCUGCUGGGGAGCUGGAAGGAUAGCUGCACUUUGGACUACUACAUAGUGAAGUCCUGCUGGGGAGCUGGAAGGAUAGCUGCACUUUGGACUACUACAUAGUGAAGUCCUGCUGGGGAGCUGGAAGGAUAGCUGCACUUUGGACUACUACAUAUGAAGUCCUGCUGGGGAGCUGGAAGGAUAUCUGCACUUGGACUACUACAUAGUGAAGUCCUGCUGGGGAGCUGGAAGGAUAGCUGCACUUUGGACUACUACAUAGUGAAGUCCUGCCGGGGAGCUGGAAGGAUAGCUGCACUUUGGACUACUACAUAGUGAAGUCCUGCUAGGGAGCUGGAAGGAUAGCUUGCACUUUUGGACUACUACAUAGUGAAGUCCUGCGGGAGCUGGAAGGAUAGCUGCACUUGGGACUAACUACAUAGUGAAGUCCUGCUGGGCAGCUGGAAGGAUAGCUGCACUUGGGACUACUACAUAGUGAAGUCCUGCUGGGCAGCUGGAAGGAUAGCUGCACUUUGGACUACUACAUAGUGAAGUCCUGCUGGGCAGCUGGAGGAUGGCUGCACUUUGGACUACUACAUAGUGAAGUCCUGCCGGGCAGCUGGAAGGAUAGCUGCACUUUGGACUACUACAUAGGUGAAGUCCUGCCGGGCAGCUGGAAGGAUAGCUGCACUUUGGACUACUACAUAGUGAAGUCCUGCGGGAGCUGGAAGGAUAGCUGCACUUUGGACUACUACAUAGUGAAGUCCUGCCGGGGAGCUGGAAGGAUAGCUGCACUUUGGACUACUACAUAGUGAAGUCCUGCCGGGGAGCUGGAAGGAUAGCUGCACUUUGGACUACUACAUAGUGAAGUCCUGGCCGGGCAGCUGGAAGGAUAGCUGCACUUUGGACUUACUACAUAGUGAAGUCCUGCGGGGAGCUGGAAGGAUAGCUGCCACUUUGGACUACUACAUAGUGAAGUCCUGCCUAGGGAGCUGGAAGGAUAGCUGCACUUUGGACUACUACAUAGUGGAAGUCCUGCCGGGAGCUGGAAGGAUAGCUGCACUUUGGAACUCCUACAUAGUAAUUCCUGCUGGGGCGGAAGGAUAGCUGCACUUUGGACUACUACAUAGUGAAGUUCCUGCUGGGGAGCUGGAAGGAUAGCUGCACUUUUGGACUACUCAUAGUGAAGUCCUGUGGGGAGCUGGAAGGAUAGCUGCACUUUGGACUACUACAUAGUGAAGUCCUGCUUGGGGAGCUGGAAAGGAUAGCUGCACUUUGGACUACUACAUAGUGAAGUCCUGCGGGGAGCUGGAAGGAUAGCUGCACUUUGGACUACUACAUAGUGAAGUCCUGCUGGGGAGGCUGGAAGGAUAGCUGCACUUUGGACUAAUACAUAGUGAAGUCCUGCUGGGGAGCUGGAAGGAUAGCUGCACUUUGGACUACUACAUAGUGAAGUCCUGCUGGGAGCUGGAAGGAUAGCUGCACUUUGGACUACUACAUAGUGAAGUCCUGCCGGGGGAGCUGGAAGGAUAGCUGCCACUUGGACUACUACAUAGUGAAGUCCUGCCGGCAGCGGGAAGGAUAGCUGCCUUUGGACUACUACAUAUUGAAGUCCUGCCGGGCAGCUGGAAGGAUAGCUGCACUUUGGACUACUACAUAGUGAAGUCCUGCCGGGGAGCUGGAAGGAUAGCUGCAUUUUGGGACUACUACAUAGUGAAGUCCUGCCGGGGAGCUGGAAGGAUAGCUCCCCUUUUGGACUACUACAUAGUGAGUCCUGCCGGGGAGCUGGAAGGAUAGCUGCACUUUGGACUACUACAUAGUGAAGUCCUGCCGGGCAGCUGGAAGGAUAGCUGCACUUUGGACUACUACAUAGUGAAGCCUGCGGGGGAGCUGGAAGGAAAAGCUGCACUUUGGACUACUACAUAGUGAAGUCCUGCUGGGAGCUGGAAGGAUAGCUGCACUUUGGACUACUACAUAGUGAAGUCCUGCUGGGGAGCUGAAGGAUAGCUCCCACUUUGGACUAUACAUAGUAAAAGUCCUCUGGGGAGCUGGAAGGAUAGCUGCACUUUGGACUACUACAUAGUGAAGUCCUGCGGGGGAGCUGGAAGGAUAGCUGCACUUUGGACUACUACAUAGUGAAGUCCUGCUGGGGAGCUGAAGGAUAGCUGCACUUGGACUACUACAUAGUGAAGUCCUGCUGGGGAGCUGGAAGGAUAGCUGCACUUUGGACUACUACUAGUGAAGCCUGCUGGGAGCUGGAAGGAUAGCUGCACUUGGACUACUACAUAGUGAAGUCCUGCUGGGAGCUGGAAGGAUAGCUGCACUUGGACUACUACAUAGUGAAGUCCUGCUGGGGAGCUGGAAGGAUAGCUGCACUUUGGACUACUACAUAGUGAAGUCCUGCUGGGGAGCUGGAAGGAUAGCUGCACUUUGGACUACUACAUAGUGAAGUCCUGCUGGGGAGCUGGAAGGAUAGCUGCACUUUGGACUACUACAUAGUGAAGUCCUGCCGGGGAGCUGGAAGGAUAGCUGCACUUUGGACUACUACAUAGUGAAGUCCUGCCGGGGAGCUGGAAGGAUAGCUGCACUUGGGACUACUACAUAGUGAAGUCCUGCUGGGCAGCUGGAAGGAUAGCUGCACUUGGGACUACUACAUAGUGAAGUCCUGCUGGGGCAGCUGGAAGGAUAGCUGCACUUUGGGACUACUACAUAGUGAAGUCCUGCUGGGCAGCUGGAAGGAUGGCUGCACUUUGGACUACUACAUAGUGAAGUCCUGCCGGGCAGCUGGAAGGAUAGCUGCACUUUGGACUACUACAUAGUGAAGUCCUGCCGGGCAGCUGGAAGGAUAGCUGCACUUUGGACUACUACAUAGUGAAGUCCUGCCGGGGAGCUGGAAGGAUAGCUGCACUUUGGACUACUACAUAGUGAAGUCCUGCCGGGGAGCUGGAAGGAUAGCUGCACUUUGGACUACUACAUAGUGAAGUCCUGCCGGGGAGCUGGAAGGAUAGCUGCACUUUGGACUACUACAUAGUGAAGUCCUGCCGGGCAGCUGGAAGGAUAGCUGCACUUUGGACUACUACAUAGUGAAGUCCUGCUGGGGAGCUGGAAGGAUAGCUGCACUUUGGACUACUACAUAGUGAAGUCCUGCUAGGGAGCUGGAAGGAUAGCUGCACUUUGGACUACUACAUAGUGAAGUCCUGCCGGGGAGCUGGAAGGAUAGCUGCACUUUGGACUACUACAUAGUGAAGUCCUGCCGGGCAGCUGGAAGGAUAGCUGCACUUUGGACUACUACAUAGUGAAGUCCUGCUGGGGAGCUGGAAGGAUAGCUGCACUUUGGACUACUACAUAGUGAAGUCCCUGCUAGGGAGCUGGAAGGAUAGCUGCACUUUGGACUACUACAUAGUGAAGUCCUGCCGGGGAGCUGGAAGGAUAGCUGCACUUUGGACUACUACAUAGUGAAGUCCUGCCGGGCAGCUGGAAGGAUAGCUGCACUUUGGACUACUACAUAGUGAAGUCCUGCUGGGGAGCUGGAAGGAUAGCUGCACUUUGGACUACUACAUAGUGAAGUCCUGCUGGGGAGCUGGAAGGAUAGCUGCACUUUGGACUACUACAUAGUGAAGUCCUGCCGGGGAGCUGGAAGGAUAGCUGCACUUUGGACUACUACAUAGUGAAGUCCUGCCGGGGAGCUGGAAGGAUAGCUGCACUUUGGACUACUACAUAGUGAAGUACUGCUGGGGAGCUGGAAGGAUAGCUGCACUUUGGACUACUACAUAGUGAAGUCCUGCCGGGGAGCUGGAAGGAUAGCUGCACUUUGGACUACUACAUAGUGAAGUCCUGCUGGGGCAGCUGGAAGGAUAGCUGCACUUUGGACUACUACAUAGUGAAGUCCUGCUGGGGAGCUGAAGGAUAGCUGCCUUGGACCUAAUUGGGGUAGGCUGGAAGGAUAGCUGCACUUUGGACUACUACAUAGUGAAGUCCUGCUGGGGAGCUGGAAGGAUAGCUGCACUUUGGACUACUACAUAGUGAAGUCCUGCCGGGGAGCUGGAAGGAUAGCUGCACUUUGGACUACUAACAUAGUGAAGUCCUGCGGGAGCUGGAAGGAUAGCUGCACUUUGGACUACUACAUAGUGAAGUCCUGCUGGGGAGCGGAAGGAUAGCUGCACUUUGGACUACUACAUAGUGAAGCCGCUGGGGAGCUGGAAGGAUAGCUGCUUUUUGGGGACUACUACAUAGUAAAGGGUCCUGCUGGGAGCUGGAAGGAUAGCUGCAUUUUGGGACUCUACAUAGUGAAGUCCUGCUGGGGAGCUGGAAGGAUAGCUGCAUUUUGGGACUACUACAUAGUGAGUCCUGCUGGGGAGCUGGAAGGAUAGCUGCACUUUGGGACUACUACUAGUGAAGUCCUGCUGGGGAGCUGGAAGGAUAGCUGCACUUUGGACUACUACAUAGUGAAGUCCUGCUGGGCAGCUGGCAGGAUAGCUGCACUUGGACUACUACAUAUGAAGCCCUGCCGGGGACGCUGGAGGAUAGCUGCACUUGGGGGACUGCUACAUAGUGAUCCUGUGGGCAGUGGAAGGAUAGCUGCACUUGGACUACUACUAGUGAAGUCCUGCCGUGGAGCGGGAAGGAUAGCUGCCUUUGGACUACUACAUAGUGAAGUCCGUGGGGAGCUGGAAGGAUGCUGCAUUUUGGACUACACAAUAGUGAAGUCCUGCUGGGGAGCUGGAAGGAUAGCUGCACUUUGGACUCACAUAGUGAAGUCCUGCUGGGGAGUGGAAGGAUAGCUGCACUUUGGACUACUACAUAGUGAAGCCCGCCGGGGAGCUGGAAGGAUAGCUGCACUUUGGACUACUACAUAGUAAAAGUCCUGCUGGGGAGCUGGAAGGAUAGCUGCAUUUUGGGACUACUACUAGUAAAGUCCUGCCGGGAGCUGGAAGGAUAGCUCCCAUUUGGAUGCUACAUAGUGAAGUCCUCCGGGCAGCUGGAAGGAUAGCUGCACUUUGGACUACACAUAGUGAACCCUGCGGGGAGCUGGAAGGAUAGCUGCACUUUGGACUACUACAUAGUGAAGUCCUCCCGGGGAGCUGGAAGGAAAAGCUGCAUUUUGGACUACUACAUAGUGAAGUCCUGCCGGGGAGCUGGAGGAUAGCUGCACUUUGGACUACUACAUAGUGAAGUCCUGCUGGGGAGCUGGAAGGAUAGCUGCACUUUGGACUACUACAUAGUGAAGCCCUGCCGGGGACUGGAAGGAUAGCUGCAUUUUGGACUACUACAUAGUAAAGUCCUGCUGGGAGGCUGGAAGGAUAGCUGCACUUUGGACUACACAUAGUGAAGUUCGCCGGGGAGCUGGAAGGAUAGCUGCACUUUGGACUACUACAUGUGAAGUCCUGCUGGGGAGCUGGAAGGAUAGCUGCACUUUGGACUAUAAAUAGUGAAGUCCUGCUGGGGAGCUGGAAGGAUAGCUGCACUUUGGACUACUACAUAUUUGAAGUCCUGCGGGGGCUGGAAGGAUAGCUGCACUUUGGACUACUACAUAGUGAAGUCCUGCUGGGGAGCUGGAAGGAUAGCUGCACUUUGGACUACUACAUAGGAAGUCCUGCUGGGGAGCUGGAAGGAUAGCUGCAUUUUGGGGACUACUACAUGUGAAGCCCUGCUGGGAGCUGGGAAGGAUAGCUGCACUUUGGACUACUACAUAGUGAAGUCCUGCUGGGGAGCUGGAAGGAUAGCUGCACUUUGGACUACUACAUAGUGAAGUCCUGCUGGGAGUGGAAGGAUAGCUGCACUUUGGACUACUACAUAGUGAAUCCUGCUGGGGAGCUGGAAGGAUAGCUGCAUUGGACUACUCCCAUAUUUGAAGUCCUGCUGGGAGCUGGAAGGAUAGCUGCACUUUGGACUACUACAUAGUGAAGUCUGCUGGGGAGCUGGAAGGAUAGCUGAUUUUGGACUACUACAUAGUGAAGUCCUGCUGGGGAGCUGGAAGGAUAGCUGCACUUUGGACUACUACAUAUAAAGUCUGCGGGGGGAAAGGUAGUGCACUUGGAUACUAAUAGGAAUCUGCGGGGGAGCUGGAAGGAUAGCUGCACUUUGGACUACUACAUAGUGAAGUCCUGCGGGGAGCUGGAAGGAUAGCUGCACUUUGGACUACUACAUAGUGAAGUCCUGCUGGGGAGCUGGAAGGAUAGCUGCACUUUGGACUACUACAUAGUGAAGUCCUGUGGGCAGCUGGAAGGAUGGCUGCACUUUGGGACUACUACAUAGUGAAGUCCUGCCGGGCAGCUGAAGGAUAGCUGCAUUUUGGGAUACUCAUAGUGAAGUCCUGCUGGGGAGCUGGAAGGAUGGCUGCACUUGGACUACUACAUAGUAAAGUCCUGCUGGGGAGCUGGAAGGAAGCUGCACUUUGGACUACUACAUAGUGAAGUCCUGCUGGGGAGCUGGAAGGAUAGCUGCACUUUGGACUAUACAUAGUGAAGUCCUGCCGGGCAGCGGAAGGAUAGCUGCAUUUUGGACUACUAACAUAGGAAGUCCUGCUGGGGCGGGAAGGAUAGCUGCACUUUGGACACUACAUAGUGAAGCCUGCUGGGCAGCUGGAAGGAUAGCUGCACUUUGGACUACUACAUAGUGAAGUCCUGCUGGGCAGCUGGAAGGAUAGCUGCACUUUGGACUACUACAUAGUGAAGUCCUGCUGGGGAGCUGGAAGGAUAGCUGCACUUUGGACUGCUACAUCUGAUGGCACAUUAGCGUAUUUUUUUCAAAUGACCUUAGUUGAGUGGAAAUCAGUCUUAACUAAACAGAACGGCUAAGUUUAACUAAGGAAGAUAUGACCGUUCUAUGGGAUACAAAGCAUGUUAACCUCAUGUUUGGUAUUUGAAACUACUAUAAACGCAGUGGCAAACACCAUGCAUUUAUUAAAGGAACAAUGAUCAUCUGUUCUGCACAACCUAUUAGAACCUUAGAACAGGAACUUACACUGUAUAUACAGCAGUAUGUGGACACCCCUUCAAAUUAGUGGAUUCUAUUUCAGCCACACCGGUUGCUGACAGGUGUAUAAAAUCGAGCACACAGCCAUGCAAUCUCCAUCGACAAUCACUGGCAGUAGAAUGGCCCGUACUGAAGAGCUUUCGACGUGGCACAAUCAUAGGAUGCCACCUUUCCAACAAGUCAGCUUGUCAAAUUUCUGCCCUGCUAGAGCUGCCCCGGUCAACUGUAAGUGCUGUUAUUGUGAAGUGGAAACGUCUAGGAGCAACAACGGCUCAGCCACGAAGUGGUAGGCCACGCAAGCUCACAGAACGGGACCGCCGAGUGCUGAAGCACGUAAAAAUUGCCUGUCCUCGGUUGCAACACUCACAACUGAGUUCCAAACUCCCUCUGGAAGCAACGUCAGCACAAGAACUGUUCAUCGGGACCUUUAUGAAAUGGGUUUCCAUGGCUGAGCAGCCACACACAAGCCUAAGAUCAUCGCACAGAGCCCUGACCUCAACCCGCAUCGAACACCUUUGGAUGCUGACUGCGAGCCAGGCCUAAUCGUCCAACAUCAGUGCCCGACCUCACUAAUGCUCUUGUGGUUGAAUGGAAACAAGUCCCCGCAGCAAUGUUCCAACAUCUAGUGGAAAGCCUUCCCAGAAGAGUGGAGGCUGUUAUAGCAGCAAAGAGGGGACCAACUCCAUAUCAAUGCCCAUGAUUUUGGAAUGAGAUGUUCGACGAGCAGGUGUCCACAUACUUUUGGUCGUGUAGUUUUGUGAACAUGCGUGCGCACAGUGGAUGUGGUUUGAUGUAGUUUACAAUCUAAGUUACCUUUUGCAGUAUAUCUCUGAGUUCUGUGCUCAGCUCUUUUGCUGCUAGUUGUUCUCGGUGUAUCAUACAAUGCGUCCAUAUGGCAGAGGGAGACGUAUUCGUAACUAGUCCAGAGGCCUGCCCGCCGUCCCACCAUAGAUGGAGCCCCAUCUGUGCAAAAGCCCACCAUUCCAUCCCAUAUGGAAUCUGUUUUUCGUCAAUAUAGCCACGGAGUACAGUGAAUAUCCCAUAUGACGUUUCAUGCUCAGGAAUCGUGAGACAGAAGAAUAUGUCCUCUGUAGCUCAAUUGGUAGAGCAUGGCGCUUGUAACGCCAGGGUUGUGGGUUCGAUCCCCGGGACCACCCAUAAGUAAAAAUGUAUGUGUAACCGGUGUGAAAUGGCUAGCUAGUUAGCGGUGCGCGCUAGUAGCGUUUCAAUCGGUGACGCCACUCGCUCUGAGACCUUGAAGUAGUUGUUUCCCUUGCUCUGCAGGGCUUUUGUGGAGCGACGGGUAACGGUGCUUCGAGGGUGACUGUUGUCGAUGUGUGCAGAGGGUCCCUGGUUCGAUCCCAGGUAGGGGCGAGGAGAGGGACAGAAGCAACACUGUUAUAUAUGCACAGAUGACUGUAAGAUAAAAGCGUCUGCUAAAUGGCAUAUUAUUAUUAAAUAGCAUCCCCCGACAUGUAUAGUGAACAAAAGUCAAUAAAUGGGCAUCUCGGCCCUCACAACUAACGUCCAUUUAGAGAGCAUAAGGUGGGGAGUUUGAGUCAUUCAGUCAGUUUCCUCUUGAUUGCGAGCAAUAACAUACAUUCUUUGUUUAACAGUGUUAUCUGACAAAGGUAUUGAUGUGAGUUUCUGUGCCUCUGCCUCCCCACACAUUGUUUUUACCAUAUCAAUUGCGUCCGGUAAUAUCAAAGUCUCUGCAAUACUGUGGUUUCAUAGCGUAGCGGGCAUAGCCAUUCACCGUGGGAAUGAUUCAUGUGCAACGGUCAAGUGCGCCUUUUCCCAUUAUCUAAGGGCUCGCUCUAUCUCUCUCUAUAUAAUUACAUUUGGGAAAUUCUGUUUCCAUCACAGCUGUCUUCUUAAGUUUUUUUUAUACAUUAUGACUACUCGCAUAAAACUGUGGAUGGAAACGUGGUUGAUGACUGUACUAUGGAGUGAUAUAUUCUCUGUAUUAUAAUAACCACUGACUGGAUGCUAUUUCUAUGACUGUACUAUGGAGUGAUAUAUUCUCUGUAUUAUAAUAACCACUGACUGGAUGCUAUUUCUAUGACUGUACUAUGGAGUGAUAUAUUCUCUGUAUUAUAAUAACCACUGACUGGAUGCUAUUUCUAUGACUGUACUAUGGAGUGAUAUAUUCUCUGUAUUAUAAUAACCACUGACUGGAUGCUAUUUCUAUGACUGUACUAUGGAGUGAUACAGCAUGUGGAGAUAUGGGAUCAGCGCAUGACGAUGUCCUAUUUCACACCGAAGCUUGGUGGUUAUCGGGGGAGUGUUAGAAAUAUGUUUCGCGUUGAGAGAGAAACUGUUGUCAUUCACAAUGGAUGUAAAGAAAACAGACUUGGUUGACUUUCAGUGUAAUGAAAAUAAAAUGUGUCUCCUUGUAACAGACACAUUUAUUUGGGAAACUGAACGAACUGAACACAAGCAUGCAGGGGAAAUACGAAAACAUUCUUCAGAUGAGUGACCGAAUCAGUGGAUUCAGAGGAAAUCAUUCUUAUUGUAGAGUCUUUCAAAAGAGAACCAUGCACCCUUCCCUCGGCUGUGACUGUUUCUAACAGAAAACAGCAUCAGUAAGUGUCCUACACGAGUGACGACUGCUCACCUCCAACGUUUGGAAGAGUACUUUGGGACGGCCCUACUUCCCAAUCCGUUUGACUGUGCUCCUGGCUCAGUUGACAUGCCGGUAAGUGAAAUCGAACAGCUGAUCGAGCUGUCAUGUGACCGAAUGCAUUCACGGGUCACUACAGAGGCGUUUUGGUUCUUGACUAAAAGGGAAUACCAUUCCGUCUGCCUCUGAGCAUCAAUGCCGCGUUCAGAACAACUGGGAACUAGGAACUCAGAAAUCUCAGACUUCUGACCUCAGUGCGUUCAAGACAACUGGGAACUUGGAAAGAAACGAGUUCCGACUGCGAAAAUUUGUUUUGAACAGUCACCCAACUCGGAAUUCCAAAUCGGGAACUCUGGCCUUUUUCUAGAGCUCUGACUUUCCGAGCUGAUGAUCGCUGACGUCAUGAUUUACCUCGUAUUUUUCAGAGUUCCCAGUUGUCUUGAACGCAUCAUAAAACUCAUGGUAGCCUUCGCCAGCUCAUAUCUGUAUGAAGUUGGAUUCAGUGCUCUCGUCUGCAUUUAAACCAAAUAUAGAUCCAGGUUGGAUGUGACAGCAGAUAUGAGGUGUGCACUGUCGACCACGCCCCGACUUUGAGAAGCUCAGAUGUGACAUGCAUCAAGCCACACCCAUCUCAUUAGUGGUGGUGAGAUGAGAUACAUUAUGUCAGACUCAUUUGAAAUUGACUGCCAUAGCCUCAAAUAAAAAAGUAAACAUUGGCUGUUAAUUACAUAAUUGUUUUCAUAUGGUUGGGGUCAUGAGAAUUUUCAGAUAUCAAAAUGGGGUCGUGGGCCAAAAAAGUUUGUGAACCCCUGGAAUAAACUACAAAAACAGACAUUACACAUUUUACAGGGACAGUGCAAAGAGGACUGAGCACGCCCCCAUUCUCAUCGACGGGGCUGUAGUGGAACAGGUUGAGAGCUUCAAGUUCCUUGGUGUCCACAUCACCAACGAACUAUCAUGGUCCAAACACACCAAGACAGUCGUGAAGAGGGCAUGACAAAGCCUAUUCCCCCUCAGGAGACUGAAAAGAUUUGGCAUGGGUCCUCAGAUCCUCAAAAAAUUCUACAGCUGCACCAUCGAGAGCAUCCUGACUGGUUGCAUCACCGCCUGGUAUGGCAACUGCUUGGCCUCCGACCGCAAGGCACUACAGAGGGUAGUGCGUACGGCCCAGUACAUCACUGGGGCCAAGCUUCCUGCCAUCCAGGACCUCUAUACCAGGCGGUGUCAGAGGAAGGCCCUCAAAAUUGUCAAAGACUCCAGCCACCCUAGUCAUAGACUGUUCUCUCUGCUACCGCACGGCAAGCGGUACCGGAGUGCCAAGUCUAGGUCCAAAAGACUUCUCAACAGCUUCUACCCCCAAGCCAUAAGACUCCUGAACAGCUAAUCAUGGCUACCCGGACUAUUUGCACUGCCCCCCCCCACCCCCACCCCAUCCUUUUACGCUGCUGCUACUCUGUUAAUUAUUUAUGCAUAGUCACUUUAACUCUACCCACAUGUACAUAUUACUUCAACUACCUCAACUAGUCGGUGCCCCCGCACAUUGACUCUGCACCGGUACCCCCCUGUAUAUAUAGCCUCCCUACUGUUAUUUUAUUUUACUGUAUAUAUAGCCUCCCUACUGUCACUUUAUUUUACUGUAUAUAUAGCCUCCCUACUGUUAUUUUAUUUUACUUCUGCUCUUUUUUUUCUCAACACUUUUUUUGUUGUCGUUUUAUUUUUACUUUUUUUGUUAAAAAUAAAUGCACUGUUGGUUAAGGGCUGUAAGUAAGCAUUUCACUGUAAUGUCUGCACCUGUUGUAUUCGGCGCAUGUGGCCAAUACAAUUUGAUUUGAUUUGAUUUAAUCAACGUUUCAGUGAAAGUGCCAGUUUUAGCCUUCACUUUAAGCCUUCAUUUAGAUCUAGAUUAGCUCUAAUCAUCCUUCUGGAAAUCAAACUUUUUAAAUCUAGAUAGGGCAAGUCUGACACUAUUUUAAACCAUGACUGAGAAAUGCCAUUUCAGUUAGUCCAGUUUAAAAGUGCAAUUUAGUCUAGGAUUAGGCUCUAUGUCCGUGAACCCGCCCCUAAAAGUCUUUAGAAUUCCAUGAUGUGGUGUAGUGUGGUGUGGUGUAGUGUGGUGUAGUGUGGUGCAGUGUGGUGUAGUGUGGUGUAGUGUGGUGUAGUGUGGUGUGGUGUAGUGCAGUGUAGUCAGGUGCAGUGUGGUGCAGUGUGGUGUGGUGCGGUGUAGUGUAGUGCAGUGUGGUGUAGUGUAGUGUGGUAUAGUGCGGUGUGGUGCAGUGUGGUGUAGUGCAGUGUGGUGUGGUGUAGUGUAGUGUGGUGCAGUGCAGUGCAGUGUGGUGUGGUGUAGUGUGGUAUAGUGCGGUGUGGUGUAGUGUGGUGUGGUGUAGUGUGGUGCAGUGCAGUGUGGUGUGGUGCAGUGUGGUGCAGUGUAGUGUGGUGUGGUGCAGUGCGGUGUGGUGCAGUGUAGUGUAGUGUGGUGCAGUGUAGUGUGGUGCAGUGCAGUGUGGUGUGUAGUGUGGUGUGGUGCAGUGUGGUGCGGUGUAGUGUGGUGCGGUGUAGUGUGGUGUGGUGCGGUGCAGUGUAGUGUGGUGUAGUGCAGUGUGGUGCAGUGUGGUGCAGUGUGGUGCAGUGUAGAGUAGUGUAGUGUGGUGUAGUACAGUGUGGUGCAGUGUAGUGUGGUGCGGUGUAGUGUGGUGCAGUGUGGUGCAGUGCAGUGUGGUGUGGUGCAGUGUAGUGUAGUGUGGUGCAGUGUGGUGCGGUGUGGUGUGGUGCAGUGUGGUGCAGUGUAGAGUAGUGUAGUGUAGUGUGGUGCAGUGUGGUGCGGUGUAGUGUAGUGUGGUGCGGUGCGGUGCAGUGCGGUGUGGUGUAGUGUGGUGCAGUGUAGUGUGGUGCGGUGUUGUGUGGUGCGGUGUAGUGUGGUGCAGUGUAAUGUAGUGUGGUGCAGUGCAGUGUGGUGCGGUGUAGUGUGGUGCGGUGCAGUGCAGUGUAGUGUGGUGCGGUGCAGUGUAGUGUGGUGCGGUGCAGUGUAGUGUGGUGCGGUGUAGUGUGGUGCAGUGUGGUGCAGUGUAGUGUGGUGUAGUGUGGUGUAGUGUGGUGUGGUGCAGUGUGGUGCAGUGUGGUGCAGUGUGGUGCAGUGUAGUGUGGUGCAGUGUAGUGUGGUGCAGUGUAGUGUGGUGUAGUGCGGUGUGGUGCGGUGUAGUGUAGUGUGGUGCAGUGUGGUGCGGUGCAGUGUAGUGUGGUGCGGUGUAGUGUGGUGUGGUGCAGUGUAGAGUAGUGUAGUGUGGUGUAGUACAGUGUGGUGCGGUGUAGUGUGGUGUAGUGUGGUGUGGUGCAGUGUGGUGCGGUGCAGUGAAGUGUAGUGUGGUGCGGUGCAGUGUGGUGCAGUGUGGUGCAGUGCAGUUUAGUGUGGUGCGGUGUAGUGUAGUGUAGUGUGGUGCAGUGUGGUGCGGUGUAGUGUAGUGUGGUGCGGUGCGGUGCAGUGCGGUGUGGUGUAGUGUGGUGCAGUGUAGUGUGGUGCAGUGCAGUGUAGUGUGGUGCGGUGUAGUGUGGUGCGGUGCAGUGCAGUGUAGUGUGGUGCGGUGCAGUGUAGUGUAGUGUAGUGUGGUGCGGUGCAGUGUAGUGUGGUGCGGUGUAGUGUGGUGCAGUGUGGUGUGGUGCAGUGUAGUGUGGUGUAGUGUGGUGUAGUGUGGUGUGGUGUAGUGUGGUGCAGUGUAGUGUGGUGCAGUGUAGUGUGGUGUAGUGCGGUGUGGUGCGGUGUAGUGUAGUGUGGUGCAGUGUGGUGCGGUGUAGUGUGGUGCGGUGUGGUGUGGUGCAGUGUGGUGCAGUGUAGAGUAGUGUAGUGUGGUGUAGUACAGUGUGGUGCGGUGUAGUGUGGUGUGGUGCAGUGUGGUGCAGUGUGGUGCGGUGCAGUGAAGUGUAGUGUGGUGCGGUGCAGUGUGGUGCGGUGCAGUGUAGUGCAGUGCAGUUUAGUGUGGUGCGGUGUAGUGUGGUGCGGUGCAGUGUAGUGUGGUGCGGUGCAGUGCAGUGUAGUGUGGUGCAGUGUAGUGUGGUGUGGUGCGGUGCGGUGCAGUGUAGUGCGGUGCAGUGUAGUGUGGUGUGGUGCAGUGUAGUGUAGUGUAGUGUUGUGUGGUGUGAUGCAGUGAGGUGCAGUGUAGAGUAGUGUAGUGUGGUGUAGUACAGUGUGGUGCGGUGUAGUGUGGUGUAGUGCGGUGCAGUGCAGUGCAGUGUAGUGUAGUGUGGUGUGGUGUGGUGCAGUGUAGUGUAGUGCGGUGUAGUGUGGUGCAGUGUAGAGUAGUGUAGUGUAGUGUGGUGCAGUGUAGUGUGGUGUAGUACAGUGUGGUGUAGUGCAGUGCAGUGUAGUACAGUGUGGUGCAGUGUAGUGUGGUGUAGUGCGGUGUGGUGCAGUGUAGUGUGUGGUGCAGUGUAGUGUGGUGCGGUGUGGUGCGGUGUAGUGCAGUGUAGUGCGGUGCAGUGUAGUGUGGUGCGGUGUGGUGCAAUCUGGUGCAGUGUAGAGUAGUGUAGUGUGGUGCAGUGUGGUGCGGUGUAGUGUAGUGUGGUGUAGUGUGGUGCGGUGUGGUGCGGUGUAGUGUGGUGUGGUGCGGUGCGGUGUGGUGCGGUGCAGUGUGGUGCAGUGUAGAGUAGUGUAGUGUGGUGCAGUGUGGUGCGGUGUAGUGUGGUGCGGUGCAGUGUGGUGCGGUGCAGUGCAGUGUAGUGUGGUGUGGUGCAGUGUGGUGCGGUGCAGUGCAGUGUGGUGUAGUGUAGUGUGGUGUGGUGCAGUGUAGUGUAGUGUGGUGUAGUACAGUGUGGUGCAGUGUGGUGCGGUGCAGUGUGGUGCGGUGCAGUGCAGUGUGGUGUAGUGUAGUGUGGUGCAGUGUAGUGUAGUGUGGUGUAGUACAGUGUGGUGCAGUGUAGUGUGGUGCGGUGUAGUGUGGUGUGGUGCAGUGCGGUGCAGUGUGGUGCGGUGCAGUGCAGUGUAGUGUGGUGCGGUGCAGUGUGGUGUAGUGUAGUGUGGUGUGGUGCAGUGUGGUGUGGUGCGGUGUAGUGUAGUGUGGUGCAGUGUGGUGUGGUGUAGUGUGGUGUAGUGCGGUGCAGUGUAGUGUGGUGCGGUGUAGUGCGGUGUGGUGCAGUGUAGAGUAGUGUGGUGCGGUGUGGUGCGGUGUGGUGCGGUGUAGUGUAGUGUGGUGUGGUGCGGUGCAGUGCGGUGUGGUGUAGUGUGGUGCGGUGCAGUGUAGUGCAGUGUAGUGUGGUGCGGUGUAGUGUGGUGCGGUGCAGUGUAACGUAGUGUGGUGCAGUGCAGUGUGGUGCGGUGUAGUGUGGUGCAGUGUGGUGCGGUGUAGUGUGGUGCGGUGCAGUGGUGUAGUGCGGUGCGGUGCAGUGUAGUGUGGUGUAGUGCGGUGCAGUGUGGUGUGGUGCGGUGCAGUGUAGUGCAGUGCAUUUUAGUGUGGUGCGGUGUAGUGUGGUGCGGUGCAGUGCAGUGUAGUGUGGUGUGGUGUGGUGCGGUGUAGUGUAGUGUGGUGCAGUGUGGUGUAGUGCGGUGUAGUGUAGUGUGGUGCAGUGUAGUGUGGUGUAGUGCGGUGCAGUGUAGUGUGGUGUAGUGUGGUGUGGUGCAGUGUGGUGCAGUGUAGAGUAGUGUAGUACAGUGUGGUGCGGUGUAGUGUGGUGUAGUGUGGUGUGGUGCAGUGUGGUGCGGUGCAGUGUGGUGUGGUGCGGUGCAGUGAAGUGUAGUGUGGUGCGGUGCAGUGCAGUGUGGUGUGGUGUGGUGCAGUGUGGUGCGGUGCAGUGUGGUGUGGUGCGGUGCAGUGUAGUGCAGUGCAUUUUAGUGUGGUGCGGUGCAGUGUGGUGUAGUGUGGUGCGGUGCAGUGCAGUGUAGUGUGGUGUGGUGUGGUGUGGUGUGGUGCGGUGCGGUGCAGUGUAGUGCGGUGCAGUGUAGUGUGGUGUGGUGUAGUGUGGUGUGGUGCAGUGAGGUGCAGUGUAGAGUAGUGUAGUGUGGUGUAGUGCAGUGCAGUGUAGUGUGGUGUGGUGCAGUGUAGUGUAGUGUAGUGCAGUGUGGUGCAGUGUAGAGUAGUGUAGUACAGUGUGGUGUAGUGUGGUGCAGUGUAGUACAGUGUGGUGUAGUGUGGUGCAGUGUGAAUACACUAGGCUACCAUGACAACCUGUUUGGAAAAUUGGCUAUUUUAUACUUAGUGUGAAGUAAAUACACUAGGCUACCAUGACAACCUGUUUGGAUAAUGGGCUAUUUUAUACUUAGUGUGAAGUAAAUACACUAGGCUACAUUGACAACCUGUUUGGAUAAUGGGCUAUUUUAUACUUAGUGUGAAGUAAAUACACUAGGCUACCAUGACAACCUGUUUGGAUAAUGGGCUAUAAACUUAGUGUGAAGUAAAUACACUAGGCUACCAUGACAACCUGUUUGGAUAAUGGGCUAUUUUAUACUUAGUGUGAAGUAAAUACACUAAGCUACCAUGACAACCUGUUUGGAUAAUGGGCUAUAAACUUAGUGUGAAGUAAAUACACUAGGCUACCAUGACAACCUGUUUGGAUAAUGGGCUAUAAACUUAGUGUGAAGUAAAUACACUAGGCUACCAUGACAACCUGUUUGGAUAAUGGGCUAUUUUAUACUUAGUGUGAAGUAAAUACACUAAGCUACCAUGACAACCUGUUUGGAUAAUGGCCUAUAUUAUUUUUUGCUAAUCUGAUGCUGCUCAUGUUGUGUAUUUUGUAGAUUUGCAUUAAUGCCGACACCAACCCAUCGUGGGCCAGCCCACACCAGCCCACACCAACCCAACGUGGGCCAGCCCACACCAGGCCCAACCCACACCAGGCCAACAUGGGCCAGCCCACACCAGGCCCAGCCCACACCAGGCCAACAUGGGCCAGCCCACACCAGGCCCAACCCACACCAGGCCAACAUGGGCCAGCCCACACCAGGCCCAACCCACACCAGGCCCACGUGGGCCAGCCCACACCAGGCCCAACCCACACCAGGCCCAACCCACACCAACCCAACGUGGGCCAGCCCACACCAGGCCCAACCCACACCAGGCCCAACCCACACCAACCCAACGUGGGCCAGCCCCCACCAACCCAACGUGGGCCAGCCCACACCAGCCCCACGUGGGCCAGCCCACACCAGCCCCACGUGGGCCAGCCCACACCAGCCCCACGUGGGCCAGCCCACACCAGCCCCACGUGGGCCAGCCCACACCAGCCCAACGUGCAUUCUCCACUUGCAAAAAAAAAUAAGGAAUUUCGACAGCAAAAUGCAUGAAUUUGGAGCACUUUGAGAUGAACAUUGAAAGAUUAGAUCAUUUUCAGGCCAUUUGCACCUUCCCACCUGCCACAGCAGACAGUACUCACUGUCAGAUCCGACAGCAGAUCUCCUAUUCUUCUGUUGCUGUCUCUGUGUCUUGUCUGGUGUGUCUCUUUAGUUUUGCAAUCCAAAACGGUGAAGGGAACACUGGGGCCUGUGUCUGGGUCACCUAAAUCAUCCUCCCAGUUGCCCCUGGCUGCUGCUGUUCUGAGUGAUCCACUGGCCUGCUGCUGUCAUCUGUUCUCUUCCUUCGGACAGGAUUCGUUUUACUGGGGGAGGUCGGGUUAUGGGGGAGGUCGGGUUAUGGGGGAGGUCGGGUUAUGGGGGAGGUCGGGUUAUGUCAUUAUGUGCAGAAGCACAAAUCACCACAUCUGUAAUUUUAGUCGCGUCCAAAUCUGCCAUGGCAGUAAUUUUUACAUGGCAGGAGAGCAACAAUUCCAGCCAGAAUAAUCUACUGUUUUUUUGGCGAACUCCAAGGUCCUCUGAUAAUACUGGACCCGUGCAAAUCGACGUCCCUGUGUUCUGAGAGAACUGGCUGAGUUUGACAGGUGUUGCUCACGGUUUGAUCCCGUCCGAAUCGUCCUCUGGAAUAACAGACAUUCUGGAGUAAUAAUGACAUGACCAACAUUCUCUAUAAUACUAGUCCCGUGCGAAUAGGGCUCUUCUCUCAUCUGAAAUGUAGCAAAGUAGAGGUUCAACAUGUCAUUAGUUAGUUUUAAAGGGUGACUACACUUCCUGAUUUGGCCUCAUUUUAGAUUUGAUUAAUUAAGAAACGCUAGCAGCCAUGACUGAAUUCAAACACUAGUUGGUAUCGGGGUGUGGUUUGAUGUGGGUGUCUCGUGUGUGUGUUUGCAGGUGGGAAGAGUUAGCCAAUUAGCUUCAGCCUGGCUGGUGUGUGACCUGACUUUGACCCCUAGUGCUGUGGCUAGUUAGGGACUGUCAAUAAAUUACACAAUGUAAAUGUGACAAUAUUUUCAUGUUGCACACCUUUUAGUUCUCAUUAAAUGCUUUCAAUAUCUGUAUAUUCAUUUCUACAAUUUAUCGUUGGUUUGAGGUUUUUAAGUCAUUGUAAUUUGGAGCUAUUGGAAUUUUAACAUAUUGUCCCAUGUACAUUGUGUAAUUUACCGAUGGUCCCUAAAUCGCUCCAUAGGGAUAUCCAAAGUCAACCCAAAUUUACCACAGGCAUAACUAUCAGGUCAUGUGCAGCUGCACUCCGAAUUGAUGAAUACUUGUGUGUUGCCAGCUGUGGUCAUGUGGGCAGAAUUGAAACAAACCUAACCUUCAUUUAUGUUGUGAUGCAGUCAAGAUCACAAGUAUCAUAAAGCUCAGUUUUGGACGAGACUGACUUUUUGACCAAAAUUAUCCUAAUUACACUUUGUAGUCAAUUUGAGUCAUAUCGAUGCCACAUAGUCCGUUUUCUAAAUGAUUUGUUGGUUUUUAGGGGCACUUGCUCUUUAAAGUUACUGUAUACUGACACGACCAGGGCAACUCAACUGGAAAGAAAAAUUCAAGUGUCCGCAAAACAGAUCAACACAACUCCAAACAUAACAGAUAAGAGUCCCUAGACUAUAUGAAUAAAAAGAGACAUGAGCCAAAAAAUUAUGUGCCUGUAGAAUGGAAUAAGUUAAAAGACCUCUAUGAUUCAUUUCAUCAGUUCUACCAGCUGUGAGAUUAUUACAUUAAAUAACAUUUGAGGAGACAUAACUUAUGUAUUUUCAAAGUUUUGUUCACCUACAAUCUAACCACAAAGCUGACCAUCUUUUUUCCCUUCUAAGUUCAAGUUUGUUUAUUUGUCAUAUACACAUGAUAUACAUGGAGUAAACAGUGCAAGUCAGUAGCUAAAUUAAUAAAAAUAAAAGCUCAAUGAAAUAAUUUCAACAAUUUAAUCAUGGGCAGUUUUUUACAAAUAGUUACAUAUGGAAAUAACAGACAUGAGCCAAGCAUGUUUACCUGUAGAAUAGGUUAUGACCUCUAUGAUUCAUUUAAUUUAGUCAGUUGUACCACCUCAACACUGGUCAUUUUAAACAGGGUUAAAUAUGUUGUAGUAAAGUUCAGUUCCAGUCCACAAGGGGGCACUGUGUCACUGUCAGACGAUACUGCGCUUCAGUCAAAAAAACGUAUAAUCUCUUCAGUCUCAGCUGGCUAGCCAGCCAGUAGCUACCUACAGAAACGAAUCCCAUCAAAUCCACUAGCUGGAAAUAAAAACGUUUCCUAAUAUCAACAUCUUUAGCUUGCCAAUUCACUAAAUAUAUUGUUAAAUAACUCACACCCAAUAGUGUCACGACUUCCGCCGAGAAUGCCUCCCCUCCUUGUUCGGGCAGGUUUCGGCGGUCGUCGUCACCGGCUUACUAGCUGCUGCCGAUCCAUUUAUCAUCACUCCACUAGUCUUGUCUAAUUAAUCACACACACCUGGUCCUUAUCUCCAAUUAGUCAUUGUAUAAGUGUUCCCUCUGCUUCCUUGUCUGUGUGGGUGAUUGUUUGUAGUGAGCUGUGUGUAGCUCGGUUGAGCUACCCUUACCUUGUUGUUGCCAGGGUAGGUAUUUCCCCUGUGCCUGAGUGUUGUUGUCGCAUGCUUGCGCAACUGUUUAUCGACGGAAUAAACUCUUUGGAUGCGUAUUACUCUCCUGCGCCUGACUCCUUCUAUUACAUUUACAUUUUAGUCAUUUAGCAGACGCUCUUAUCCAGAGCGACUUACAGGAGCAAUUAGGGUUAAGUGCCUUGCUCAAGGGCACAUUAACGUCAUUUAGCAGACGCUCUUAGCCAGAGCGACUCACAAAUUGGUGCGUUCACCCUAUAGCCAGUGGGAUAACCACUUUACAAUUUGGGGGGGGGGGGGGGUUAGAAGGAUUGCUUUAUCCUAUCCCAGGUAUUCCUUAAAGAGGUGGGGUUUCAAAUGUCUCUGGAAGGUGGUGAGUGACUCCGCUGUCCUGGCGUCGUGAGGGAGCUUGUUCCACCAUUGGGGUGCCAGAGCAGCGAACAGUUUUGACUAUCACACGCAUCACAGAAUCACCCACCCGCUAUGGAGUCAGCGGGAGAAGAGCGCAUGCCUGGAGUCGUGGCACGGGUCCAGGAGCACUCCACGAUGCUGGCCAGCUUGGGGGAAGCGAUGGAUCGGGUUCUUCAGGUCAUCCAACGCCUGGAGAGGAGCAGACCCGAUCUGUCGAGACCAGCUGGCCAACCGCAUCCAUCCACCUACACCCCAGCACCAGGAGGGAUCCAGAUAUCCCGACCACAGGCGUUUGUGGGGACAGCGGCGCUGUGCCAGGGAUUCCUCCUCCAAUUGGAGCUUUACUUCGCCAGCAUCAGGCCGGCACAAUCGGAGCGGGAGAAGGUGUUCGUCCUCGUUUCCUGCCUCUGUGGGAAGCGGGUGAGCGACUGGUCCACCUGAGGCAGGGGACGAGGACCGUGCAGGACUUCGUGUUGGAGUUCCGGACGCUGGCAGCGGGGUCCGGGUGGAACGAGCGGGCCCUGAUCGACCAUUUCCGGUGCCAUCUGCGGGAGGACGUCCGACGGGAGCUAGCCUGCCGGGACACCAUGUUGUCCUUCGAUAAACUGGUGGACAUGGCCAUUCGGUUGGACAACCUGUUGGCAGCCAGAGGGCGUCCUGGUCGGGGUCUGCCCGUUUCCACUCUGGAAGACUCGGACCUCGAGCCGAUGGAGCUGGGUGGAGCCGCUGGCCGAGAGAGCGGAGGAGGACAGGAGGAGUACUCUGGUGGCACGAAGGGACAAUCCACCACACGUCGUAGUCAACAUUCUUUUGGGCCUGGAGGCAGCAGGCAGGGCACUCUCGCAUCACCCCAGGUAUUGAACACCCACACUCGUUCAGAGCCCUCUGCUGCGCACUGUAAAAUACUUGUCUCCUUUCCUGAGCACAUGGAUGUUCCCCAGUGUAAGGCGCUAGUCGAUUCAGGCGCAGCUGGGAACUUUAUGGACAGGGCAUUUGCACAUCGUAUAGGCAUUCCAUUGAUUCCCCUAUCCAUUCCACGCCCCCAUCAGAGCACUUGAUAGUCGACCAUUAGGGUCCGGGUUGGUUAAGGAAGUUAUUGCACCAGUCACCAUGAUUACCCAGGAGACUCAUUGUGAGCAGGUUACUUUUUCCAUUAUUGAGUCUCCUGCUUUCCCUGUGGUAUUAGGUAUCCCUUGGCUAGCACUCCACAACCCUACCUUCUCAUGGCCGCAGAGGGUUCUCACGGGGUGGUCGCGAGAGUGUCAGGGUAGGUGUCUAGGGAGGUUACAGCUCCAGUCACCAUGGUUACCCACGGGGUGGUCGCGAGAGUGUCAGGGUAGGUGUCUAGGGAGGUUACAGCACCAGUCACCAUGGUUACCCACGGGGUGGUCGCGAGAGUGUCAGGGUAGGUGUCUAGGGAGGUUACAGCUCCAGUCACCAUGGUUACCCACGGGGUGGUCGCGAGAGUGUCAGGGUAGGUGUCUAGGGAGGUUACAGCACCAGUCACCAUGGUUACCCACGGGGUGGUCGCGAGAGUGUCAGGGUAGGUGUCUAGGGAGGUUACAGCACCAGUCACCAUGGUUACACAAGAGAUCCAUAGAGAGAGAGUCCAUUUUUUUUAUGAUCGAGUCUCCUGAUUUCCCUGUUGUGUUGGGUCUUCCCUGGUUAGCACUACACAACCCCACCUUUUCAUUGCCACAGAGGGUUCUCACGGGGUGGUCGCGAGAGUGUCAGGGUAGGUGUCUAGGUGUUUCCUUUGGUGCAACCACGGUGGAAAGUCCAGACAGUACCUCCACCAUGCGCAUUCCCCCUGAAUACCUAGAUCUGGUGCAAGCGCUCUCUAAAACGCAGGCGACUAAAUUACCACCUCAUCGGGAUAAACCUCCGGGUAGAUGCUGUACCUCCCAGGAGUCAUAUAUACCCCCUGUCACAGGCUGAAACGGAGGCUAUGGAAACAUAUAUCACCGAGUCCCUGCACCAGGGGUAUAUACGUCCCUCCACUUCACCCGCCUCCUCGAGUUUCUUCUUUGUGAAGAAGAUGGACGGAGGUCUGCGCCCGUGCAUUGAUUAUCGACCACUGAACAGGGAGACGAUAAGAUUUAUUUAUCCUCUCCCCCUCAUUCCUUCAGUGAUUUAAUCAAUGCAUGGGGCGCACUUCUUCACCAAAUUAGAUCUCAGGAGUGCGUACAACCUGGUGCGUAUCCGAGAGGGAGAUGAGUGGAAGACAGCAUUCAGCACAACCACGGGGCAUUAUGAAUACCUGGUGAUGCCCUAUGGUUUGAUGAAUGCUCCCUCAGUUUUCCAGUCCUUUGUGAACGAGGUGUUUCGGGACAUGCUUGGUCGCGGUGUAGUGGUCUACAUCGAUGACAUUCUGGUGUAUUCUGCUACGCGCGCUGAGCAUGUGUCUCUGGUUCGCAAGGUGCUGGCCCGACUGUUGGAGAAUGAACUUUAUGCUAAGGCAGAGAAGUGUAUGUUUUUCCAGCAGUCCGUCUCCUACUUGGAUACCACAUUUACACCUCAGGUGUGGAGAUGGAGGGAGAUCGCAUUUCAGCCGUGCGUAAUUGGCCGACUCCAACCACGGUUAAGGAGGUGCAGCCCUUCCUUGGCUUUGCCAACUAUUAUCGGAGGUUUAUGCGGGGCUUUGGCAAGGUCGCAGCUCCCUUUACCUCCCUGUUGAAGGGUGGGCCGUCCCGGCUCCGCUGGUCUGCUGAGGCUGACCUGGCCUUCAGCAAACUGCGGGAUCUGUUCACCUCAGCCCCAGUACUGGCCCACCCCGAUUCAUCACUACCGUUCGUAGUGGAGGUGGAUGCGUCCGAGGUUGGGAUAGGCGCUGUUAUGUUUCAACGCUCGGGUACGCCACCCAAGCUCUGCCCCUGUGCGUUCUUUUCAAAGAAGCUCAGCCCGGCGGAGCAGAACUACGGCGUUGGUGAUCGGGAGCUGUUGGCUGUUGUCCGAGCCUUGACCGUGUGGAGGCAUUGGCUCGAGGGGGCAAACACCCUUUCCUCGUCUGGAUGGACCAUCAUAACCUGGAGUACAUCCGGGCAGCGAGGAGGCUGAAACCUCGCCAGGCCAGGUGGGACCUAUUCUUCACCCGGUUUGAUUUCACUCUAUCAUACAUCCCGGGUACGAAGAACGUGAAGGCAGACCCGCUGUCCUGGCUGUAUGACACAGAGGAGAGGCCCAGAGACAACACUCCCAUACUGCCGGCCUCCUGCAUUGUGGCGCAGGUAGUAUGGGCGAUGGACGCGGAUAUAGCGCAGGCAUUACGCACAGAUCCAUCUCCACCUCAGUGUCCAGCUGGGCUGCAGUACGUGCCUGCUCUUAUCCGUGAUCGUCUGAUCUACUGGACACACACAUCACCCUCCUCUGGUCACCCAGGUAUCGGUCGUACAGUGCGCUGCCUAACCGGAAAAUACUGCUGGCCUACCUUGGCUAAGGACGUGAGGGUGUAUGUCUCCUCCUGCUCGGUGUGCGCCCAGAGUAAGGCACCUAGGCACCUCCCAGCGGGUAAGUUACAACCUUUACCAGUUCCACAAUGACCAUGGUCUCACCUAAGUGUGGAUUUUCUAACUGAUCUUCCCCUCUCCCAAGGUAACACCACCAUCCUGGUCGUUGUGGACCGCUUUUCUAAAGCCUGCCGCCUCCUUCCUCUGCCCGGUCUCCCCACGGCUCUGCAAACUGCGGAGGCCCUGUUUACACACGUCUUCCGGCACUACGGGGUACCAGAGGAUAUAGUGUCUGACCGAGGUCCCCAGUUCACAUCCAAGAUCUGACCUCUGGGUUCCACCCCGAGAGUAAUGGGCAGGUGGAACGGGUAAAUCAGGAUGUGGGUAGGUUCCUGCGGUCCUACUGCCAGGACCGGCCAGGGGAGUGGUCGGUGUUCUUGCCAUGGGCAGAAUAUGCCCAGAACUCUCUCCGCCACUCCUCCACUAACCUAACACCUUUCCAGUGUAUAGGUUACCAACCGGUUCUGGCACCGUGGCACCAGAGCCAGACCGAGGCUCCUGCGGUGGAUGACUGGUUUCGGCACGCGAAGGAGACGUGGGAUGCUGCCCACGUUCACCUCCAAUGCGUCGUCAGAAGGCCAACGCUGACCGUCACCACAGUGAGGCCCCCGUCUUUGUACCGGGGGAUCGGGUCUGGCUCUCGACCCGGAAUCUGCCCCUCAGCCUGCCCUGCCGGAAGCUGAGCCCACGGUUUGUGGGGCCGUUCAAAGUCCUGAGGAGAGUCAACGAGGUCACUUAUAGGUUAUUACUUCCCCCUGAUUACCGUAUUAACCCCUCGUUUCAUGUGUCUCUCCUCAGGCCGGUGGUAGCUGGUCCGCUCCAGGAGUCUGAGGUGCGGGAGGUCCCUCCACCUCCUCAGGACAUCGAGAGGGCCCCAGCGUACUCUGUCCGUUCCAUCCUGGAUUUGAGGCGUCGGGUGGGGGGUCUUCAGUACCUCGUGGAGUGGGAGGGGUACGGUCCGGAGGAACGGUGUUACAGGAUUUCCACCAUCACCAUCCGGCUCGCCCUGCUCUGCGUCCUCCCCGAGGCCGGUGUCGGCGCGCUGCUGGAGCCGCGUGUCAAGGGGGGGAUACUGUCACGAUUUCCGCUGAGGCUGCCUCCCCUCCUUGUUCGGGCAGGUUUCGGCGGUCGUUGUCACCGGCUUACUAGCUGCUGCCGAUCCAUUUAUCAUCACUCCACUUGUCUUGUCUAAUUAAUCACACACACCUGGUCCUUAUCCCCAAUUAGUCAUUGUAUAAGUGUUCCCUCUGCUUCCUUGUCUGUGUGGGUGAUUGUUUGUAGUGAGCUGUGUGUAGCUCGGUUGAGCUACCCUUACCUUGUUGUUGCCAGGGUAGGUAUUUUCCCCUGUGCCUGGUUCCCCUGUGCCUGGUUCCCCUGUGCCUGGUUCCCCUGUGCCUGGUUCCCCUGUGCCUGGUUCCCCUGUGCCUGGUUCCCCUGUGCUUGGUUGCCUGGCUAGCCUGAGUUUUGUUGUCGCAUGCUUGCGCAACUGUUUAUCGACGGAAUAAACUCUUUGGAUGCGUAUUACUCUCCUGCGCCUGACUCCUUCUAUCACACGCAUCACAAAUAGCUUAAGGAUGCUGAGCGUUAACACUAGCUUAUUAGCAUUACCCAACCCUUAUGUUGAGGGAGACUAGCUAAAGUAGUUAGCUACCACCAAACCUGUGGCUAAACCUGCUGCUGCUGAUGAGCUCUGCCCUUUCCACCAAAUUCCCUCGCCAUCAACUGCUCAGUAGCCUCUUCAACAAAGUCCGAAACAACCGUGCUAUACUGCAACCAGUCAACAGGUGCUAGAUGACAUACACAACGCCAACACAAGCUAGCCUACCCCAAAGCCCAACCAGGUCCACCGCAGCCUACACCAGUCCAACACGGCCAGCACCCUAGCCUACACCAGUCCAACACCGGCCCAACACCGGCUAGCCUACACCAGUCCAACACCUGCCCAACACCAGCCUACACCAGUACCUAACACCAGGCUACCACCAGCCCAACACAGGCUAGCCUACACCAAGCCUACACCAGUCCAACACCAGCCCAACACAGGCUAG